AUGUGGGGCGACGAUGAAGGUGGGUUUAAUGUCACAAUGACACAAAGUCCAUCGACAGCAUCUGGAGUUGAACCAAAACAAAAUACUGUAAUUUCUGUAGCUAUUCGUGAAUUGUUUGAUAGUAAUGAGGAAAACAAAAAUACACAUGUUGUAGUUGUUGGAAUUAUCAAGCAGGUUGAAACCCAAGCCUUAAAGAAUAUGUUUACAAUUGAAGACAAUACUGGUCGUUUGUUGUGCAUCCAAUGGGGAGAUGAGAACGAAUUGUCAAGAUAUCCAAAGUUGAUUGAAAACGCAUAUUUUAAAGUAGUUGGUAGUAAGAGAAUUCAAAAUGACAAAGUUACUUUGCUUUGUCAUAGUGUGAGACCUUUAGAAACUCUAAAUGAAUUAACACAUCAUUUAUUAAGCAUUAUUGCGUUACCGUAUGUAACCGAGGAAAUCAAUAUGGCUAGCGGUACACAACAGUCUACUGCAACAAACCAAAAGGACUUUUUAAUGAGUGGUGAUAAUACUAAUGGAUUUACGGAUACUACUAACAAUUUAUCGUUGAACCCGAGGCAAUUAAAAGUUUAUACAGUAAUAAAGAGGUGCCAGGAUGAGGCAGGUUAUUCAGCAUUAGAUAUUCAAAAGAUACUUCCAGAAAAAAUGCCAUUACCAGAAAUAGAAAAAAUUCUUUCGUUUUUCAUCGAAGAGGGACAUAUCUUCUCAACCAUUGAUGAGAAUCAUUACAAAGUCACUGAUUUCGGAGGUUAA